AGCCGCCUAAGUAAAGGUCUGCUCUGAGCCCUUCUACCUCAUGCUCUGCCCAGAAGGAGCACCUGGAUGAGCUGCCCUCAUUUUCGGAAGACUCUGGGGAGCCCUGCAGGAGAGUCAGAGCGGUGUGGAGAGUGAAGGUCUCAAAGUUGCGAAGAGUGUGGAUGUACUUGAAGUGGCUGUCUCUUAUAUAAAUCAAGUUCAGACUUCUGCUGAAUCAUAACCAUUUGGCACUGAGCUAUGACAAGAGAGGAAACAAAAAGUUAAACCAGCAAGCCUGCGUGCGCGAGAAGGGUUCCCCCCCUUUUUACCUUUCCACUGUCAUAUGCCACGGAUCCUGAACAUAGCUCAAUGCUUGACUGGAAUAAUCUCUCUUGCUAGCUUAUAAUCAAAGAGAGUACUGAGAAAAACAGCUGAGCUGUAUUAGGCAACCUCAGUCUGGACUGCAUUUCUCAACUGCUGAAUAACACAUCACAGGUGCAGGAUUAGCGCUGCCUUUGGUGCUGGGCUUUUCGGCGGGAAUCCUAGCAGUUCUGUGCCUCCUCUUGAUGUCUCUCAUCUCAAGGAGCCUGGCAACGACACAUCAAGCAUACAGAAAUCAAAUCAAACUUGGAUAACAUGCUUUUGAGAAGUUCAGGAAAAUUAAAUGUGGGCACCGGGAAGGAGGAUGGUGAGAGCACAGCCCCCACCCCGCGCCCGAAGAUCUUACGAUGCAAAUGCCACCACCACUGUCCGGAAGACUCAGUCAAUAAUAUUUGCAGCACAGACGGAUACUGUUUCACCAUGAUCGAGGAGGACGACUCUGGGAUGCCUGUGGUCACUUCUGGAUGUCUAGGACUAGAAGGCUCAGAUUUUCAGUGUCGGGACACUCCCAUUCCUCAUCAAAGAAGAUCCAUUGAAUGCUGCACAGAAAAGAAUGAAUGUAAUAAAGACCUACACCCUACGCUGCCUCCACUGAAAAACAGAGAUUUUGUUGAUGGACCCAUCCAUCACAAGGCCUUACUUAUAUCUGUCACAGUCUGCAGUUUGCUUUUGGUCCUUAUCAUCUUAUUCUGCUACUUCAGGUAUAAGAGACAGGAAACCAGGCCUCGGUAUAGCAUCGGGCUGGAGCAGGAUGAAACGUACAUUCCUCCCGGAGAAUCGCUGCGAGACCUGAUUGAGCAGUCGCAAAGCUCCGGAAGUGGAUCAGGCCUCCCUCUGCUGGUCCAAAGAACAAUAGCGAAGCAGAUUCAGAUGGUGAAGCAGAUUGGAAAAGGUCGCUAUGGAGAAGUCUGGAUGGGAAAGUGGCGUGGAGAAAAGGUAGCUGUGAAAGUAUUCUUCACCACGGAGGAAGCCAGCUGGUUCCGAGAGACAGAAAUAUAUCAGACAGUGCUGAUGAGGCAUGAAAACAUUCUGGGGUUCAUUGCUGCAGAUAUCAAAGGGACAGGGUCCUGGACCCAGCUGUACCUCAUCACAGACUACCAUGAAAAUGGUUCUCUUUAUGAUUAUUUGAAGUCCACCACCCUCGACACUAAAUCGAUGCUAAAAUUAGCCUACUCCUCCGUUAGUGGCCUGUGCCACUUACACACUGAAAUCUUUAGUACUCAAGGCAAACCGGCGAUCGCCCACCGAGAUCUGAAAAGCAAGAACAUUCUGGUGAAGAAAAAUGGAACUUGCUGUAUAGCUGACCUGGGCCUGGCUGUUAAAUUUAUUAGUGACACGAAUGAAGUAGACAUACCGCCCAACACGCGGGUCGGCACCAAGCGCUAUAUGCCUCCAGAAGUUCUGGAUGAGAGCUUGAACAGAAACCACUUUCAGUCCUACAUCAUGGCGGACAUGUACAGCUUUGGACUCAUCCUCUGGGAGGUUGCUAGAAGGUGUGUUUCCGGAGGGAUUGUGGAAGAAUACCAGCUUCCCUACCAUGAGCUGGUGCCCAGCGACCCCUCUUACGAGGACAUGAGGGAGAUUGUGUGUAUCAAGAAGCUGCGGCCCUCGUUUCCCAACCGGUGGAGCAGUGAUGAGUGUCUCAGGCAGAUGGGGAAGCUCAUGACAGAGUGCUGGGCUCACAACCCUGCAUCCAGGCUGACGGCCCUGCGUGUGAAGAAAACACUUGCCAAAAUGUCAGAGUCUCAGGACAUUAAGCUCUGAUGGAGAGGGCAGGACACACCUCCGGUGAAGGCGGUGGAUGCUCCGCUGCGCGCAGCGGAGUACACGGUGUGAAGGCAUCUUCAGUACCAGCCUUCAGCGCUGUCCUCUUCCUCUUCCAUGGUCUCAGACCUUACCUGCCUCUCGGGAAGCAGCCGGGCCGAGCCAGGAGCUCCUGCAGGCAGAUUCACCAGGUCUGUUGUAGGAGGGAGACCUUCGGUGACUUGUUCAAGAUAUGCAUGUUGCUUUCUAGGAAAGCCCUGGAUUUUGGGAUUGCCCUUUUUUAAAAAAGAUGCUUUAAUUUUGCCAAAAUAAAUAUUGUAGACAUUUCAAGGUUUAUACUAUUAUAGUUUAAAGAAUUACAACAAAAUUUCUUCCCAGAAACUGUGUUGGAAGGUAAAUUAAGAUACAUUUUUCCAUUGGUAAAAUCUUGUUGCACCUGGCUAACGCAAGAGGGUCUGGGAAGUUGAACAGAGACUGGAGCUGAGCUCCAGCACGGCUGCCCCAGCCUCCUCACACCACCUGAGCCCUUGCCUCUGGGGCUGCCUCACAGUUUGAACGCACCUGGGGACAAGUUCCUGUCUGGGACCACGCUUCGGAGUGUCUCAAAUGGCCUUUGCAGCUGCAGACAGAGCUCAGUGCGCGAAGGUUGUGUGACUCCCCUUCAGUGCGGAGGGGUGUUCUUCAGAGCACAUGGAUGUCUCUGGUUCUGCUGGGCAGUCCUUUCACAAAACAAUCGCUUUGUUUUCAUGAAACACAAGCAAAGCUUGUUUUUUACGCACAGAGAACAGACCUGCACAUGUUUUUGAUCCCUCAAAUCAGAAGAUCAAUAUUAAAUAAAAUUGCCAUUAGUUACGUUAAA